CCGGCCCGGCCCGCUCCGGCCUAGCGGUGAGCGCUCCGUGGGCAGUUGUUCUGUGCUGCCGCGCCGGGCCGGGCCCAGUGGAGUCCAGGGCGCACCGAGGUGCCGCCGUCCCGGCUCACCUUCGCGGCCGCGGGGCUUUGUUAGCGCGGGUCUCUGCGAGAGCGCCCCGGGCGGGGCCGGGCCCGGCCGGCGCCAGCAUUGGGAGGGCGGCUUCGGGCCGGGGCGCGGCGAAGCCCGGGCCGGUCCCCCCCGCAGGGUCGCCCCGCUGGUGCGGAUGGGCGGCGUUGAUGUCCUCUCUUUCCCCAAGCAGGAAAUGGCAGCGCUGGGCAGGUCCUGCCAGCGCGUCCCCGCAGGCCCUGCCGUGGAGUUUCCGCAGGCGCCGGCCGCGGCCCCCGACCGCCACGGCCCGCAGCCCGCCGUCGGCGGCCACGACCGCCUACAGCCCCCCGCGAUGCUGAUGAUGAUGGCCGGGAACGGAAGCGACGGUACCGAUGGCGGCCAUUCCUCCGGCCUGUACCUCACAAGCGGCUUCGACGUGGCCUCGCUCGCCGCGCUGGGCAGUUACAACGAGGGCUCGCCGGUGGCCCCGGUGGGCUCCUUCACGAGCGCCGCGCACCCGCAGCAGGGCCUCGGACAUGGCUCUGUUCGCUGUGGAAAGAAGCAUAAGCUAGAAGAAGAGACUGAAGGUUGUCCUGUGCGGAAGAAGAGACUGACAGGAGCCAAAAAUUGCCCUUUGAAUCCCAACGCUGAAGAAUGGAUUCUCUGUGCAGGUCAGCAGGCAGCUGGGGAGGUAGCAAGUCAGUAUGAUGGCAGCGGUCCUGAAACUGCCAUGUUAGAAAUUCCCUGUGAAGAAAUGGAUCAGACAAUGGGGGAACAGCAAUGCGAGGUUGCUCGCAGGAAGCUUCAGGAAAUUGAGGACAGGAUAAUUGAUGAAGAUGAGGAAGUUCAUGCUGAUGGAAAUGUUAGCAAUCUGCCCACUCUUAUCCUGUCAGAUACCCUUAAAAAAGGGAUGAAGAGGGAUUUUGAUGAAGUCCUGACAAAGAAAAUAAUAGAAUCUAUGAGCCGUCCUUCUAUGGAGCUGGUGCUUUGGAAACCUCUUCCUGAAUUUCUCUCAGAUAAACUGAAGUCUGUUUCUGUUAAGAACUUCAAGCAGCAGCGUGUAGAAGGGUGUCAAGCUAAGCAGUCAACACCAAGAGCUGCUUUUGACCCACAAACUGAAACAUUCCCUGAAUCACAACAGACUGCCAUGUCUCCGGAUCCAUAUGCUACUUUGGGAAUCUCUGGGUGUGCAGAAGAAGAAAUGGAGUUGUAGAUACCAGACUGAAGAGUGAGAAUGGUGAGCUUCAGAUGGGUUUUGUUCCUUUUUUAUUUAAUUCCCUCUUUCUUUCUGGUUUGAUGUGUGAAUCUGAAUUUUUUU